AUGGCUCCCGAACGAAUGCUCGCACAGGUCUAUCGCGGCACGCCGGCGCUCAAGCUCGAGGAGGUCGAGGUUCCCCCGCUCGAGAAGGGAGAGGUGAGGGUGAAGGUCAGCUACUGCGGCAUCUGCGGCUCCGACUUGCAUGAGGUCUACCACGGUCCCUUGACCUGCUGUCCAGCCGGCCAACCACACCCGCUUACUGGCCGCACGAUCCCCGAGACGCUCGGUCAUGAGUUCAGCGGGACGAUCGUGGAUGUUGGCGAAGGCGUCGACGGGAGCAGGUUGAAAGUUGGGACGCGAGUGUGCAUCGAACCUGUCAUCUCGUGCCGAGAAUGCGAGUCGUGCAAGCAAGGCUUGACGCCUCUCUGCGCGACCCCGAUCGGACUGUAUGGGUACUCGAGGCCCGGCGGUCUCGCGCCUUUCGUCAAUGUCGCCCAGACCAACGUGCAUGUCGUGCCGGACAACGUGCCUCUCGACAUCGCCGCCCUCGCCGAGCCCCUCUCAGUCGCCUGGCACGCCGUCGGCUGCUCCUCCUUCCAGCGCGGCGAGACGGCCCUCGUCCUCGGUUCCGGACCCAUCGGCGCACUCGUCACCCGCGUACUCGUAGCUCGCGGUGCAUCAGCGGUCUAUGUCUCCGAGCCCUCUCCUGUGCGCGCUCAGAUCGCCUACUCAUGCGGCGCAACGGAGGUAGUGGACCCUACGAAGGAGGAUGUUGUCAAGCGUGUGAUGGAUUUGACGAAGGGGAGGGGAGUGGAUGUGGCGAUUGAUUGUGCGGGGAUGCAGAGGACACUUGAUGCGGCUAUGGAGGGGGUGAGGAAGAAGGGCAGGGUCGUGAUGGUUGCGCUUUGGGAUAAGGACAAGAAGCCCACGGUCGACAUGUGGAACCUCUUAGGAAAAGAAUCGACCCUCACCUCCUCCUGCUGCUUCAACGCCCAAGACAUGCGCGAAGUCCUUGCCGCUCUCUCGGCUGGCACGAUCAAAGUCGACGACUUGAUCACGUCGCGGAUCAGGCUCGAGGAGGUGUUCGACAAGGGGUUGGAGGUGCUCAGGAGCGAUCCGAGCCAGGUCAAGAUCUUGGUGCAGCUCGAGGAGCGCGAGGAGAAGUAG